CGCAGCUUGCACGCUGGCGGGUGAAGAGUUAACGUGUUAUGUAACACCUUGAGGAUGGUCGUCAUCGUGUGCAUGCACUGUCAGGGGUCUGUGCUCAUGUUCUGUGCUAUGUGAGCCACAGAGAACAUCCUGAAGCAGGGGAGCAGACGCGGGUCCACCAGAUAGAACAUUUGUGCUGCAAACGACCAGUCUUUCGAGGAGGAAAAAACAUCAAGUGAGAGCACAACACCUCAAACAUGGGUCCGUUCCAAGAAUAUGAGGAAAAGAAGUCGCCUGAGAAAGGCAGCCCUCGCAGCCGCAUCCCACGUUUGGUCCUCCAUCCUUUUCAGCCAAAGGGCAAAGGGACGCCUCCUUCUGACUCCCCUUUGUCAGAGGAGGAGGGCAAAGAGUGUGAUGUCAGCUCAGAUCACUCCAAGAGGACAAUCAGCACCAACAGUUUUUACUCAGAUGACACCGGCUGCCCCACUAGUCAGUCUGUGUCCCCCUCCAAAACCCCGCCAGGCUCAGAGCAGAGUGCCCACAGCUCCCCAACACUCCCCGAGCGCAAGACCAAAGUGAAGAGGGUGCGAGUGAUGACGGAGGGGAGCCGUGAACCACGGAGUGCGCCGAAACACAAGAAGGAGCUGAGGCCUGCCGUGAAAGCUCGAGGAAGUGAGGCAGACUUCAGUUCCUCCAGCAGCACAGGCAGCCUAAGGACCAGAGAGAGCCUGACUUCCAAAUCACCAGGAAAAAAGGCUUCUUCUCGCAGUCGCAGCACCCACAUCAGAUCACUCCCGGUCUUCAAACCAGCAGGGAGUCCUACCAGUAACCACGAUGCAGAUCUCUACGCUCCCUACAGAACUCUACCCAGGGUUGCUUCUUCAACCACCAACAGCAGCAGCUGCAACUCCAGUCCUACUUCCAGGCGAGCAAACUUGGGCCACUACCCUUAUUGUGGAGAUAACCAUGGAAUCAGACCCCCAAACCCUGAGCAGUACCUCACUCCUCUGCAGCGAAAGGAAGUGUCCAUAAGGCACCUGAAAACCAAACUGUUGGAGUCUGAGAACCGGAUGCAUGACAGAGAGACCGAAAUCGAAGAGCUCAAGGGCCAGCUUUGCCGAAUGAGGGAAGACUGGAUCGAAGAAGAGUGUCACCGGGUAGAGGCCCAAUUGUCCCUCAAAGAAGCCCGUAAGGAAAUCAAACAGCUGCGCCAGGUGGUGGAGACCAUGAAGAACAGCCUGAUGGAGAAGGACAAAGGAAUACAGAAGUACUUCAUCGACAUAAACAUCCAAAAUCGGAAGUUGGAGUUGCUGUUGCAAAGCAUGGAGCUGGCUCAGAGUGAUGUCAGCCUGCCAGAUGACAACACCCUGGACUUCAUCUUUGAGAACCCGGAAAGCAGUAGGAAGAAUUUGGUUGGCGAGGAAGGUGUGAUGGACCUGGGGGAUCAAGCAGCGGAGGCCAUGGCUGACAGUGGACUGCUGAUAAAUGACGAGAUGGCCAACAGAGCUGACAUUUUAGAGCAGGUUUUUAUGUCCACUGUUGUUGAUUCCAGUCAGGACUCAAAACCUGGGAUGGAGAGUAACCCCGGGUUGUCCACGUCGUCAGAAAAAUCAGCGAUCCAAGAAACCAGCUGCAUCCUUUUACUCUCCCAGCAGAAGACUGAGGAGCGAGGGAUCCAGACUGACAUGAUGCCCAUGACUCAAGACAUCCAGUCUCUGCUGCACCAGCUUCUUAAAGUCCAAGGCGGAAGCUCUCUUUCGGGCUCACAAAACGAGCCCGAGACCGCAACUCAGCCACCUGUCUUGAUGCCUCCCACGCCCAACCCUGCGCCACUUGCCGACGUUGGCUCGUGCGGCUCAGAUCCUGCAGAGAGCACCAGGUUCAUGGAUGAGCUUGAUUUUGACACAAGCGCAGAUAAACGUCCUCUGGUUGUGGUGGGCAAGCAGUAUUGGAGCAACAGCUUUCUGGUGGAUCUGGUCGCAGUGGCGGCCCCCGUGUUGCCAACAGUAGCCUGGCUGUACUCUCGACACGGCGUGGAUGGAAGCGCUCCGGUCUACAACAUCGCAGCUCUCAUCCGGGGCUGUUGCAUAAUGGGAUUGCGCUCUCUUCGUCACACCGCUCACAAGCCGGAUAUGUAACUGCUUCUAACCCGCAAGCACACGCCUCACUUUGAAUUAGAAGCACUAAACCAUUUUCGAAGUAUAAUUUUGGUGAACAUGUAAUCAAUGCAGCUUUUUUGGGGUGCAGCACUAAUACAGCACGAUGUCAUUUAAGACUAUUUAUUAAUAGGGGUGAUUUACCGUAUUUCUAGUUCCUCUAUAAGCUGAUCAUCUGGGUAGAUGGUUGUGUUCUCAUUGUUUUGUACUGUACCAUGUUGUACUUUUUUUUUUUUGGAGGUAAAGUCAGGUUUAAGUUGUACAUAUUAGUUAUUAUUCAAAAUGAAACUCUAAACCUUCAGUCAAAGCUUUAAUGUGAAUAUCCUUUUUUGUUUGGGUUUUUUUUUUCACUGUUUGUUUCAUUAUUGCGUUGAACCGGUAUUGCUAUGGCAGAAAGUUGAUAAUGUGCCUGAGCUAUGUGCAAUACAAGUGUUUACAUCAGAAGUCUAUGGAUAUUUAUUAUUAAAGCAAGAGAAUAAAAAACAAA